GUUGACUGCUUUUGUAUUUUCCGGCACACGAAACACCCUAUGCGAUACCGCCUGUUCAUUGACAUUUGUCGGCAAACAAAUUUUCCCCCAUUUGCGGUUAAAUCUUGGGAGCUCAUCCACUCAUCACUCUUGUACGCGUGUGAAAAUCUGUGAAAAUGGUGAUUGCGAAAGAAACAUUGACAGACUACAAGGAGGUCUACGAAAAGGCUAUAAAAUAUGUUAACGAAGAAAGUAAAAACGAUCCACCUACAGAUCCAUUUCGUUCACAUUAUGCCGCGCGGGAGUUAUUAUUACAAAUGAAAGGAAAUCUUAAAAAUGCAUUAGCUUCAGUUGUGGCGGAAGAGGCGGACGACGGGCAAGAUGAUUUCACUUACACUGUUUUGCUUGCAUUUGUGUGUCGUGACCUUGGGCGUAUCUACGUCUUUACGGAUGAAGUUUCAACUGGUGAACGUCUAUUGCAAGAAGGUCUGCAAUUGGUUGAACCACAUAAAAUGAAACCUGAGGCUAUUAUUUCCUAUGUGGGUGCGCUCAAUGAAAUAGGCAUAGUGCAGGCAAAUCGUUCUGAAUACAAACAAGCUUUUGAUACACUUAUAAAAUCCGAAGAAUCCUAUAAAGAAUUUGUAAAAAGCAAUGGCACUCCUGUAUGCAUUACUGACAUUUUCGGCACACCCGACGAAGUGGAAGAGGGAAAAGGUGCAAAAGAAUUGGAGAGCUUAUAUACUUUGUGUACAUUUUAUUUGGCACAAGUACACGGGCAUUUGGGUGAGCUGGAAAAGUCAGCGCAAUAUUGUCAUUUAACGCUACGCCGGCAAUUGGAAUCAAAAACUUAUGAGGCUAUAGAUUUUUCGUUAAAUGCUGCCACUUUAUCACAGUAUUUUAUUGGUGAGAAUAUGUUCAAAGAGGCACGUCACCAUUUGGCUGCCGCUACAUAUGUAAUGGCUGAACAUGAAGCCAACAUGUUGACGCCAGAUAUGACUGAAAAACAGCGUACGGAUGUAACAGAAACAUACAAACACAGAUACGCAGAUGUUGCACGUUGUUGGGCUAAGUAUGGGCUGGCGUUGCUAAGUGCUUCCAAGGAACGUUUAUAUAAUGACGAUGACGAAAAAGUAACCAAAGAUGUAAAGCGCAUCACAGUUGAUCCAAACGCUUAUCGUUUUCCCGGACUGAACAUAGAUGUGUACGAAAAUCGUGUUACAGCAGAUUAUUGUUUGACUUUUGACGACGCCAAACCGGUAUAUCAUUAUGUCAGUGACUGGCUGGACAAGGCAAAAGAAUAUUAUAAACCUGAAACUGAAGCUACCGAAUAUGCAAAAGUUAUUAAAGAUUAUGCUGAAUUAUAUCAGCAUAUCGCAUUCUUCGAAGAAGAUCCGGCUAACCAAGCGAAAAUGCAAAAGCGUCGUGCAAAAUACUAUGAAGAUUUACUUGAACUGCUCAACCCCGUCUUCUAUAUGGGGAUUUGCCGUGAGUGCUGGUAUGGUGCUGGACUGUCAUACUGUGCAAUAUUGGAUAUAAAAUUGGAUGCGUUGAAGGAGCGACGCACACCGCAACCGCAAGAACUACAAAAGAUCAAUCAAACCUGUCAGCGAGCGAUUAAAAAUUUUCUGGAAUUUGUGAAAUCCUACACGGACAAAGAUGGCAUCACAAUCAAAGCAAGCGCCGAUGCGGAAGAACAACGGAACGUACUCUAUGCCUACUUUCAUUUGGGACGCUUACAUUUCAAAAUGAUCACACCCGAUCUGAAUCUACAACUCGAAAAUAUGAAUAAUAGCCUCAAAUACUAUAAACUCUUUACGGACGAGUGUGCAGCAAGGAAAGAGGUGGCUGAAACGCUAAACGCUGAAGUUGGUGUUUGCCGUGAAAUGGUUAACUUGUUGCCGCUUAAAAUAGCCAAUAUAAAGAAACGUUUGCCAAAGUAGAUGAACAACUCACGCUCUAUCUAGCUAUGUAUAUGUGACAAAUUUAUUGCAUUUAAGACAAUUAUUUGAAGUGUUGUGUUUGUUUGUGCUUUAGCAUUAGGGUACAGCUAAAAUGUUUACCUUCUGUGACUGUCGUGUUGGAAGAAAAGUAAUUUUUAGUGCUUCAAAUGCAAUAAAUUUGAAUAUUUAGGGAUUAAAACAAAGUAGUUAAAACUUAUAUACAUUGUUGUGAAUGCUAUUGUUAAAAGCGGUGGAUACUUCUUGAAAUAAUAUUCGUCCGUAUUAGGGCUGUGCACAAA